GUGAUGGCUAUGCCACCUGGCCCUGCACUGCUGGGAGUGCUGCUUACCAUUUCCCUGGGCUCCAUCAGGCUCAUUCAGGCUGGUGCUUACUAUGGGAUCAAGCCGCUGCCACCACAAAUUCCUCCUCAGAUCCCACCGCAAAUUCCGCAAUACCAGCCUCUGGGCCAGCAAGGACCUCACAUGCCUUUGGGGAAAGAUGGCCUUAACAUGGGCAAGGAGCUGCCCCGCAUGCAGUAUGGCAAAGAAUAUCCACAUCUACCCCAAUAUAUGAAGGAAAUUCAGCCAGUGCCAAGAAUGGGCAAGGAAGCAGCACCUAAGAAAGGCAAAGAAAUACCAUUAGCCAGUCUACGAGGGGAGCAAGGUCCCCGUGGAGAGCCUGGCCCAAGAGGACCACCUGGGCCCCCCGGCCUACCAGGUCAUGGGAUACCUGGAACCAAAGGAAAACCAGGGCCACAGGGAUACCCAGGAAUUGGAAAACCAGGUAUGCCUGGAAUGCCAGGAAAGCCAGGAGCCAUGGGAAUGCCUGGAGCGAAAGGUGAAAUUGGACCCAAAGGGGAGAUUGGGCCUAUGGGGAUCCCAGGGCCGCAAGGACCUCCAGGGCCGCACGGACUUCCUGGCAUUGGAAAACCAGGUGGGCCAGGGUUACCAGGGCAACCAGGUGCAAAGGGAGAGCGAGGUCCCAAAGGACCACCAGGACCUCCAGGCCUUCAGGGUCCCAAAGGGGAGAAGGGCUUUGGGAUGCCAGGUUUGCCAGGCCUCAAGGGUCCUCCAGGGAUGCAUGGCCCUCCUGGCCCUGUUGGACUUCCAGGAGUGGGCAAACCCGGAGUGACAGGCUUCCCUGGGCCCCAAGGUCCCUUGGGAAAGCCAGGUCCUCCAGGGGAACCUGGGCCCCAAGGCCCUAUUGGGGUCCCGGGAGUUCAAGGACCUCCCGGGAUGCCUGGAGUUGGCAAACCAGGCCAGGACGGGAUCCCUGGCCAGCCAGGAUUUCCAGGUGGCAAAGGGGAGCAAGGACUGCCAGGGCUGCCAGGACCCCCAGGCCUUCCAGGGAUUGGGAAACCAGGCUUCCCAGGACCCAAAGGUGACAAGGGCAUAGGGGGUCUUCCUGGGCCUCUAGGACCAAGAGGGGAGAAAGGACCAGUAGGUGCCCCUGGAAUGGGGGGUCCUCCAGGAGAGCCAGGCCUGCCUGGAAUCCCAGGUCCUAUGGGUCCUCCAGGUGCUAUUGGUUUUCCUGGACCCAAAGGAGAAGGUGGGGUUGUAGGGCCACAGGGGCCACCAGGUCCCAAGGGCGAGCCAGGGCUUCAAGGCUUUCCAGGAAAGCCAGGUUUCCUUGGUGAAGUAGGGCCCCCUGGCAUGAGGGGUUUGCCAGGUCCCAUAGGGCCCAAGGGGGAAGCUGGGCACAAAGGUUUACCAGGGCUCCCUGGUGCUCCAGGGCUGCUGGGACCAAAGGGAGAACCAGGAAUCCCAGGGGAUCAGGGUUUACAGGGCCCUCCAGGCAUCCCAGGGAUCGCAGGCCCAAGUGGGCCCAUUGGACCACCUGGAAUGCCAGGCCCCAAAGGGGAACCUGGUAUCCCAGGGCCCCCUGGGUUCCCUGGAGUAGGGAAGCCUGGAGUAGCAGGACUUCAUGGGCCUCCAGGGAAGCCUGGUGCCCUUGGUCCUCAAGGCCAGCCGGGCCUUCCAGGGCCCCCAGGCCCUCCAGGGCCCCCAGGGCCCCCAGCUGUGAUGCCCCCUACACCACCACCCCAUGGAGAGUAUCUACCAGAUAUGGGGCUGGGAAUUGAUGGAGUGAAACCCCCCCAUGCCUAUGGGGCUAAGAAAGGCAAGAAUGGAGGGCCAGCCUACGAGAUGCCUGCCUUUACAGCUGAGCUGACUGCACCUUUCCCACCUGUGGGGGCCCCGGUGAAGUUUGACAAACUGCUCUAUAAUGGCAGACAGAACUACAACCCACAGACGGGCAUCUUCACCUGCGAGGUUCCCGGAGUCUACUACUUUGCAUACCAUGUUCACUGCAAGGGGGGCAACGUGUGGGUUGCUCUGUUCAAGAACAACGAGCCCAUGAUGUACACGUACGAUGAGUACAAAAAGGGCUUUCUGGACCAGGCGUCUGGGAGUGCGGUGCUGCUGCUCAGGCCCGGAGACCGAGUGUUCCUCCAAAUGCCCUCGGAACAGGCUGCAGGACUGUAUGCUGGGCAGUACGUCCAUUCCUCCUUUUCAGGAUAUUUAUUGUAUCCCAUGUAAAAAAAGAAAGAGAGAUUUAAUAGAAGAAAAGAAAAUGACGCACCGAAAAAAUCCAAAUGAAAAACAUAAUUGCUUCAAAACAUUUAUAUAGUUGGAAAGUUAUAUUUAAGUGAAAAUCUAAACCAUCAUGUACAAAUAAAAACUAAGAUGCAUGUUUAAUGCUCUGCAUAGCAGCCUGUAAUUAAAAAUGAUGGGAUAGAUUUAUGUAUCAAGUACUGACACUUGUGCUGUACCCACUGGAAUCAUAUUAGCUGUUGUAUUGUUAUAUGCUUCCAUGAUAACCUGCUUAUUCAGAUCAGUCAAAAUAUUUCAGUAUGAAAGAUCAUAGCUAAUGAAAGUCACUUGCUCACAUUGUUUAAAGAUUUAUAAAUAUGGCUUAAUGAAAUGUCAAUGAUAACAAUUAUAUACCGUAUUUACUUGCAUAAUUUCCUCUGUCUUUGGGCAGAUGUUUUGCCAGGGAAGGUGGGGGAGGAGUUCUGCUGUGCUAUAGCCCCAGUGGGAGGGAGUCGGGGGGAGCAGUAGGGUUUUAGUCCAAGGGCUAUUUCCCUCCCGUCAGAGGCUGUGUCUCUUAUCAACACGAGUCCUCAGAAUUGUGUAUCUCAUGUUUCUAAAAGAACAAGUGAGCUAAUCGCCUGCCGUAUAAUUUACUCAGUAAAUUCUGUGUGCCUCACACUGGAUGAGACGUUUG